UCCUUAAGCCACUGUUGUCAGUUGGUUUUUUUCCUCCUCCCCCUCUUCUGCUGCCCCUCGUGUGCUCGUGUUGCGAAUCUUAUCACUGAAAGUGGGUGAAAGGACUGACAAAAAGCGGACGAGUGAGAAGAUGAAGGCGUCUGUGGGGAGAAAAAGUGGCCGGAGUGUUGAAAUUUGUUCAAUUCUCAUUCUGAUGAUUGCUACAAAAUGUUUGGCAUCAUCAUCGUCCACAUCGUCGGAGGAGGAGUCCACUGAAUCCACAGAGUUCACAUCCACCAUAGAGCCGGAUGCGGCUCCCGGAUGCAAUCCGCCGAAGAUAGUGAGGCCGGUGCGCGAGGGCACCAGCACUGCUGCACCGAUAAUGUCCAUCGAGACGACGACCAUCUACCUGCCGGAAGAUUUCACCACGGCGGAUUUGGAGUUUGUGGACGCGAAAUCCUUCGUUGAGCCCUCAGAGUCGCGCUACACCAACUUCUCGCCGUACUCGCUGAACCAGCAGAAGAGUCGCGCCAAGAGGCGACGUCGCAGGGGGUUGCCGGUGGUGGAGAAGGAGGCAGCCGAUGCCCAUAUUUAUAUCCAAUCGGCGGAUUUGGUGAGCAGUCUCGCCUCGGGUGAGGCAAAUAAAUCCGCAGGCGAGAGUGUGUAUUAUGGAUUGAACAACAGCGGCAAGCGGGGAGUGUUUAAUGAAACAUCAGACGCACAUAAAUCGAAUGGAUCAGACACAGAUGCUGGUCUGCCACAUCAAAGGGUGAAGAGAAAGUCGGGAAAGACCACAGGCGCGCUGAGUCGCCCCAAACCAGGACACUCGGAUUCCAGCUCCAAGAGUACCAACCGGAAAAUGCAAGUUGGACCUGAUGAUGGCAGCGAAGAUCAUAGAUUACCCUAUCCGGGUGAGUAUUCGGAGUCGGAGGAGGAGGAAUCUGAGGAGGAUGCCGAGGAGAAGGAAAUCAAUCAGUUCCGCAUCGUGAGCGAGAUUCGCUUUCCGAGCGAAAUUGGACCACUUGGCGAUCGAAGGCUAUGCAAGAUUAAGUGUAUUAAAGGAAAGUGGGUUGGACCACUAUGCGCUGCAUCAUUGGACGAAGACGAAUACGGAAAUUUCAAAUUUCAACCACUCUACAAAAGCUGUCACGUCAAUCGGAUUCCACCUCAUUUACUCUUGAGCUACAGAAAUGUUUCAGUGACCGUCGGCUGGGAUCUGCCCCACGGUCACUCACUCCAGGCCAGAUGCAAGGAUUUGGGCAUGUACAAACUUCUGGGGGAGUCUCGUGUUUUGUGCUCCAAUGGCCUCUGGGCACCACGGAUGCCGUCAUGUGUUCCAACAACACUUCUCACCAACUAUUCAGAUGACAGCCCACCGUCCAUUCGGAUAAAGGUGGGUGUGGGGUCGGGUGCCUUCGAGCCGAGUGGUGUGCUGGCAGUGCUGCCCGGCAGCACAAUUCAUCUCGACUGUAUGUACCCGAGGCACCGUGGGACGCCAGAGUGGACAUGGACGGGGUACUUUCGUCAAUAUCUCACAGGAUGGUCCACGAUGCCAGAGGAGAAGGCCACCAAGUACCGGCUGACGAUAAAGGAUAUUCAGAAUCAGGACACUGGCACCUACACUUGUGCCUCGCCACGCGGUUUGACCAACAGCAUCGUGAUUGUUGUCGCUGUGUCUCAGUGUCCGAUGGUGCCGGAUCCGCAAGCUCCGCUUCAGCUACGUCUCGAAGGCACGAAGCUGGGCCAGAGAGCGCUCUAUCGAUGCCCCCUGGGAUACAGUCUCGAUGGAGUUGCCAAUUCCACGUGUCUGGCAAGCGGCAAUUGGUCAUCACCACCACCCACCUGCCAUCCAGUUCAAUGUCCGUCGCUCUACCUGGAAGAUCCCCACCUGAGUCUGGUGGAAUUGAAUACAUCGGCAUGGGGACGAGCUGUGUUCAAGUGCUCCUGGGGCUAUCGUCUCAGCGGUCCGCCAGGCCUGGAGUGUGAACCAUCUGGUGUGUGGAGUGGACCUGUGCCCCGAUGCCGAGCAAUCCAGUGUCCGCAACCUCUGGUGCCAAUAAAUGGUCGCAUUGAUGGAACAAGUGGCUCCAACAGCCAACGACGCUACCCCGUCGGCGCCCUGGUCAUGUUCAGCUGCACUGAGGGGCACAUCCUUGUGGGUGAAGCGAGUAUUGUUUGUGCCGAAACUGGGUUGUGGUCCCAACCACCUCCGUUCUGUAAAGCUCAGUGUCCAUACCCCGGAGAUCCGCCCAAUGGUUUAAUCGCCCCAUUGAAAUUUCAUUAUGAUCCUGGAGAUUAUCUCAGUAUCCAGUGUCGGCCGGGCUUUGUGGAGUAUGGGGCCAAUGGGCCACCUGAGCGGCCACGAUGCCUGCCGGAUGGGAAUUGGUCGUCACCUGUGCCACAGUGCAAAAACUACGAAGAUGUAUAGGAGUAAGGAAAAUCGACAUCUCCCCGAGGCGUACUAUUUUCCUCAAGAGUCGUCAUUCCGCUCCGGAGAGCAAGAAGAACAAGAAAACAGUGGAGAGAAAAGGCACCACAUGGGCGAGAGUGGCAUAAGAGAUUAUUCUAAAGCAAGAGCGUGAGAAGGUAUUCAUGUAAAAAAAGGAGUAUUUUUUGUAAAUUAAGCAAGCAGGGUGAUAACUAUAUGGUUAGAAUGAUAGAUAAAGUCCUCCUUUAGAUAGUCAUUCUAUGAAUAUAUAACAGAAAAUCCCCCCUUUGACGCAUAAUCAUCUCCAACAAAAGCACCAAAGCCGAUUGAAAUAUUGACCACAGAACCAUUAAAAGUAUUCAAGCAGCUACUAUGUGUACAAAUCAUCCCCAGGAUCUUGGGUAAUGCCAUUGAGAAUUUCCGGGAAUUGCACAGACAUUUUCAAAAUUCAUGACUUGCACGAGCUUUCCAUUUCAAUUUUUCCUUGCCAGUGUUCAGUGUGAUCAAGGGGAGAUUAUUAGAUUGGAACGUGGUGUGCAAGCAUUGCUCAAAACUUUGACACUGGUUAUUUUGGCACAUAAAUUACAUACAUAUGUAUAUUUAAGGCAUAAAAAAGAGCAUUUUAAUCUGUGCUGAGAAAAUAGAUGGUAAAAAAUUUACAUUUUUUACCAAUUGUCACACAAAUAAUUUUCAACCAUGCAGCAGAAUUUGCUGUGAGGUUGUUUUUUUUUCUCAGUGUUUCAAUGCUGUGUGUUCAUGGGGUGAGCGACAAACGUUGUGUGAACACUAUUAUAUGGUGAAUAAUGCAAAAAUGCAUGGCAAAGUUUAUGGAAUACGAAAUUGAGUGAUAAAAUGCUCCUGCAUGAAUUAUUUCUCUAGCAAAUUUUCUCUCGUGGCAUCAGCAACAAUUAUAACUUUAUCAAUAUUAAGAAAAUGAUAUUGAAAAAGUUAGCAAUUGGAGAAUCCAUUUGAAAUUGGAAAUUUCAAGCAUGAGCAACACGAGGUAUUGUUGCAAUUUAAGCUCUCGCGUUGAGUCUCCCCUUGACGUUGUUCUAUUAUUCAGUCUAAGUGUACAAUUAUUAGAUAAUCCACCGAUAAUCUCACCAUGGCUUCUCUGACCUAUAAUCUUUGCAAAGAAAGUGACUCUAACAAAAUGCAUAUCACCAGAGUAUUUCUUCAUAAUCCCUCAGAUGACUCAGUAAUAUUGUUAUCACAGUGAUCUAUUUAUCAAUGAAACAAGUAGUGUAUAGUCGAUAGGAUCUCAACAAGGAAUACUAGCGAUGAAAUGGUAUUUGAAGGCAUUUUGUUAAUGAGGACAAAAAAUGUUGAUAGUGCAUUGAAAAGUAUCCGGAAAUUGAAAAAAAGGAAGUGUGCAGAAAAUUUAUGUAGCAUUUUGAGAUCAACACGAUUGUUACAUUUUGUAGUUUAUAUUUAUAAGGAAACUAUUAUCCAGUAUUGUGUCAUAUCGCUGUGUAUGUUGAAUAAUUAAAGUAAAAGUCAUUGAGAUGUAUUCAAUAAAAGGAUGUCCAAGGAAGUCCUCAUAA